AUGGCUUCCUCUAAUUCACCAGAGCCUAUAGCCAUUGUAGGCAGUGGCUGCCGUUUCCCUGGGGGUACGAACUCACCCGCAGCUUUAUGGGAGCUCCUCGAGAAUCCUCGCGAUGUGUGUCAAGAUAUCCCACCAGAUCGGUUCGACACGAGGAGCUUUUACCAUGCUAAUGGUGGCCAUCAUGGCACCACCAAUGUCCAACAAGCAUACUUGCUACAACAGGAUAUACGCGUGUUCGACGCGCCUUUCUUCAAUAUCAGUCCUCAUGAAGCCGACUCCAUAGACCCACAGCAACGGUUGUUACUGGAAACAGUCUAUGAAGCUCUCGAAUCUGGUGGGCACACGCUGGAAUCGUUGCGUGUGUCCGACACAGCGGUCUAUGUGGGCACUAUGGGUGUUGACUACAACGAUAUGCUUAUGAGGGACUUGGAUUCUUUGCCAAAGUACGCUGCGACAGGAACCAACCGAGCGAUAAUCUCGAAUCGAAUAUCGUACUUUUAUGACUGGCAUGGCCCUUCGAUGACCAUUGACACGGCUUGCUCGUCUAGCCUCAUCGCAGUACAUCAAGGGGUACAGACACUGCGCGCCAGAGAAUCGCGUGUGGCGGUAGCGUGUGGUACACAGGUCAUCCUAGGACCAGAAGUUUUCAUAUCGGAAAGUAAUAUGCAAAUGCUUUCUCCCUCGGGCCGAUCGCGCAUGUGGGAUGCGGAUGCGGAUGGCUAUGGUCGUGGGGAAGGUGUCGCUGCUAUCGUACUAAAGAGGCUUAGCGAUGCCAUUGCCGACGGCGACCAUAUAGAAUGCAUAAUUCGCGGGACAAGUGCUAAUCAAGAUGGACGCCGCUCAAACGGCCUCACGGUGCCCAGCUCAGAAGCCCAGGCGGAGCUAAUUCGCCGGGCCUAUGCGAAUGCCGGGCUGAACCCGGAAAAGGAGCCUUGGGACCGACCGCAGUUCUUUGAGGCGCAUGGAACCGGCACGCCAGCGGGUGACCCAAAAGAGGCCGCUGCUAUCAGCGCCUGUUUUGGCCAGCGGCCGGAGAGUCACGACGAGCCUUUAUAUGUAGGAUCUAUUAAGACCGUCAUCGGCCACACGGAAGGUGCUGCGGGUUUAGCAGGCCUUCUUAAGGGCUCCGGCAUGAUCCAGAAAGGGGUUAUCCUCCCAAACCUCCUGUUAAAUCGGCUAAAUCCAGCCAUCGAGCCUUACUACGGAGACAUGCACAUUCCGACAAGCCAACAGGCUUGGCCGAGGGUUCCUGACGGUGUUCCUCGGCGGGUGAGCGUUAAUAGUUUUGGAUUUGGCGGUAGCAAUGCUCAUGCCAUUUUGGAAGAAUUCCGCCAACCACAAAUAGAAGAUGAUAGCGCGAACAUCGCCGGUCACUUACAGUUUACCCCUUUCGUUUUCUCCGCAGCAUCUACAUCCUCUCUCAAAGACCAAUUAAGGUCAUAUCGCAACCAUUUGAAGGUUCACCAUGAUAUUAGCGUCUCAAAUCUGGCUUGGACAUUACAAACACGCAGAAGCCAACUCCCCGUCAAGGUCGCGUUCUCUGCUACGACGAUCGAACAACUCACAGCUAAAAUAGAUAUAAAGCUCAGCGAGGCAGACCAAGUAGCUGGCGCGGGCUUAGGCAUUACCUCCACUUCUGACCCUGCAGCUGUGCGUCAUAUACUAGGUGUAUUUACCGGACAGGGCGCGCAGUGGCCCGCUAUGGGCGGCCAACUGAUACGUUCAUCAGCCUUUGCCCGCAAGAGAGUCCAGGAGCUUCAGGAUUCGCUCGACGCGCUACCAUACUCCGAUAAGCCGCUGUGGAGACUGCAUGGCGAAAUGAUCGCUGGAGCUGAUAGCUCGCGUGUUUUCGAAGCAGAGCUUUCCCAGCCGUUAUGCACGGCAGUACAGAUCCUACUCGUAGACCUUUUACGUAUGGCCGGCAUCACGUUCUCUGCCGUCGUAGGUCACUCUUCGGGUGAAAUUGCAGCGGCUUACGCCUCCGGUACUAUCUCUAGUCGCGACGCUAUACGCAUUGCGUACUACCGUGGGAUACAUGCUCGAUUGGCAAGAAAUACUCAUAAAAACUGCACCCAAAAAGGUGCGAUGCUAGCAGUAGGAACGUCAUUAGAAGAUGCGCAAGGCCUCAUCCAGUUAUCAGCAUUCAGGGGCCGGCUUGCCAUCGCUGCCCACAAUUCUUCGGCAAGCGUAACUUUGUCAGGCGAUGCAGACGCCAUCAUUCAUGCCGAGAAAGUCUUCAAAGAGGAGAAGAAAUUUGCGCGGCUGUUAAAAGUUGACACAGCCUAUCAUUCUCACCAUAUGGAACCCUGUUCUGACCCGUAUCUCGAUUCCUUACAGACUUGCGAGAUUCAAGUCAUUCGAGAUCGAGGUGGUAAUCCCUGUAGAUGGUUUUCGAGCGUGGAACCAAGGGAGGAGAUUCAAGAAGGCCUUGAAGAUGUUUAUUGGGUGGACAAUAUGAGGAAAACUGUUCGAUUUAUGGAAGCUGUCAAUAAUGCUGUGACGAAUGACCCCCAACUUAGCCUGAUUCUUGAGGUAGGACCCCAUCCGGCACUCAAGGGUCCGGUUACACAAACACUUUCCGAAGCGCGGCUACCAGCGGCGGUGUCGCUUCCGUACGUCGGCGUACUCAGUCGAGGGUUGAACGAUAUUGAAGCCUUCUCAGAUGCUCUAGGCGCUGUAUGGGCUAAAUUGGGAGCACACGCUGUUGAUUUUCGGGCUUACGAUGAAGCCAUGAGCGCCGGGACACCCUCGCCACGGAUACGACCAAAGUUGGUAGUUGGUUUACCAUCGUAUCAGUGGAAUCACACAAGGGCAUAUUGGCACGAGUCACGCAGAUCUCGAAAGAGGCGCCAGGAAAAACAACGUUUUCAUGAACUCCUCGGUGUAUUCUCGCCGGACUCCACCCCUCAAGAUCUACGUUGGACGAAUAUACUUAAAGCAUCCGAGAUACCAUGGCUAGAAGGCCAUCGAUUGCAGGGGCAGGUCAUCUUUCCCGCGGCGGGUUUCGUUUGCAUGGCUUUGGAGGCCGCUAGAAUUCUUGUGGCACGGACUGGCGGGGUAAUAGAACUUCUUGAGCUCGAAGACUUCUCUAUUCUACGGCCAAUCGUGUUCGAUGAAAUAUCGAAUUCCGGCGUUGAGACGCUCAUCACACUAACGGUGGUUCGUCAUAGUCAAGGACAGUCCAUUGACGCGCAAUUUUCGUGUUACACCUGUCUGGUAGCCAAUACAGGAUCUGAACAGGAACUCGAACUUACAGCUAAAGGCACCAUUAAGAUAUCAGUUGGAACACCAGAUAUUGAAACAUUACCAUGUACCCCACUAAACGUUAACACCAUGUCCACAAUCGACACGAAGCGAUUUUACACCUCUCUUUCAGACCUUGGAUACGACUACUCUGGCCCCUUUAAGACAAUGUCAUCCUUGAAGAGGAAGCUGAAUCAAUCUUCCGUUUUAGUAGACACAUACUCAUACCCGGAAGCCGACCCCCACAUAUACCUAAUCCAUCCGACGACGCUAGAUGUUGCCUUUCAGGCUUCUAUACUAGCUUAUUCGGCCCCAGGCGAUGGGCGCCUCUGGUCUUUGCACGUACCUACCUCUAUACAGAGCAUUCGAGUAAACCCAGAGGUAUGCGUCUCGCUACCAACUUCAGGAUGUCAAGUACCAGUUUCCACACGACUUUAUGAAGAACCCGAGUCGCUGAAAGCCAAUAUCGACGUUCUCGAUGAAGGAGGGCAGUACGGAAUGGUUCAGAUCGAAGGUCUCACCAUGAAGCCAAUCGCCCCAGCAUCAAAAUUAGACGACCGCCAUCUCUUCUCCUACACGAAAUGGGGCGUCGCAACACCAGACGGGGCAUUGGCAUUGGGCGACGCUCGUCCAUCCGCCUACGAAUCCGAAGUAGCUAUCGCCGCCGAGAGGAUCGCCUAUUACUAUCUUCGGAGAUGGAAAUCGGAAAUAACCGACGAAGAAUGGGCCAGAGGUCAGCCUCACCACGCUCGCCUGCGAAACUACAUGGACGAUGUGCUUUCCGCUGUAUAUCGUGGCCAACAUCCUCACAUCAACAAAGCAUGGUCAGAGGAUGGCGAAAAAGAUAUAAACGAAUUGAUUAAUAGGCCUUGCGCGUUUAGAUACGGAGAGAAUAUCGACAUCAAGCUUCUUGCGACCGUUGGCGAGAUCAUGCCGGCUUUUCUACGUGGCGAAUCUCACAAACCUAACGAAGCGCAUGUCCAGAAAAAGCUUCUUACUUUUUUCGAAGAUGGUAUCGGGUGUGCGAGUCACAAUAAGUUCUUGACACGUAUGUUGCAGCAGAUUACACAUCGCUAUCCUCAUGCCAAAGUUCUCAAAAUAGGCGCGGGGCCAGGCGGAAGUCCUAAAACGAUCGCCGAGGGCAUUGCGGACACAAUAUCAUCUUCCACCCUUAUCGACUCAUCAGAUAAUACCUCCAGCACUGCAGAUAAUUACAGAACAUAUGGUGAUAAAGUAUAUUCCAUGGUCUUGGAUAUGGAAAAGGCACCUGAAUCCCAAGGUUUCGGGCUGUUUUCGUAUGAUAUUGUUGUCGUAUCUCAUGCCUCCCGCACCAAGACUUCAAUCGAAAAGACACUAGAAAAUGCUAGAAAGCUCAUAAAACCUGGAGGGCAUCUUAUACUAUCGGAGGUGUCGGACGAAGCGUCGAUUCGAUUUAACACCAUCAUGGGCUGUUUCUCUGAUUUCUGGCUGCGUCCGCAACUGGGCAGUGCCAAGAACGUCCAAGCUCACCAUAUUUUGCGCAAUAGCGGGUUCUCAGGGGUUGAUACCACAUCCCCCGAUAUUGAGACGACAGUGUGGCCGUUCUCCAUUAUAACAGCGCAAGCUACCGAUGAUAGGAUUGACUUUUUACGAAAACCACUGUCUACGUUACCAUCCCCCAUCUAUAUUGAAAGAGUUGUUAUUCUUGGCACGAGGACCCUGGAGAGUUCGCAAAUUGCCGAAGGGGUGGCUAACUAUCUUAACCCCCUUUGCCGACACAUUGAAAUUCUUGAUGACCUACCCACCGCAGCUCAAUCAUUUACUCUAGACCCUAUGGACACAUUCAUCAAUUUGGUGGAUAUUGACUACCCAAUUUUUAAGGAGAUAACAGCCGAGAAGAUGAGCAGUCUACAACGUCUUUUCGACCUUGCAAAGACCAUACUUUGGAUUACGGUCGGCAGUCGCAUAGAUCAACCGUAUCAUGCAGCGAGUACUGCCUUCUGUAGGGCUAUUAGACAUGAGGUAAAACACGUCGAUCUUAAUAACUUCGAUAUCGCACCAAAAGAUCUUGAAAACAAUCGUGACGUCCCAAAGCAGAUUGCUGAACAUCUUUUGCGGCAAGUUGUUCUCGGUAAAUGGCGAGAAUCGAAGGAGAAGCCGUUACUAUGGUCGAAGGAACUCGAGGUUUAUCUCGACGAGGGACGACUACUAAUUCCUCGCCUGAUAGUAAAUGCCGCCCAAGAUGCGAGGCUGAAUGCUUCCAGGCGUACUAUUAUUAAAACAGUGCCUGUGUUGGAUGCCAACGUGUCAAUCCCACAAUUAUCUCCUGAGCGUCCGGCGGCAGGCUUGGUUGAACAAAUUCUUCCCCCGAAACAGGAAGAAACUGGGACUUUGCUCCGAGUUACGAGCUCAAGCUUGAUGGCACUCAAUGUCGGAAUAGGUGGUUUUCUGUUCCUUAGCAUAGGCAACGAUGAGAAAACAGGCGAAAUUUCCAUUGCUCUCUCGGAGACCAACUGUAACAAGAUAUUACCAAUUGCAAGCACGAUCGCAUUUGAUGCGGAUCAUACAGACGCUGACGACCGAAGCACUUUGAUGCAAACAUCCGGUACCAACUCCUUAUUGCUUGCCGUUGCUGGUGAACUUAUCGCUGCAGCUGUAGUUGAGGAUCUAUAUCCAGGUAAUCGCGUACUGGUACACUGCUCAAUUGAAGAUCAUCCCGUCGUUGGAGCUUUAUCGCGACGAGCAGCUACUAAAGGAGUCCACAUCUUUUUCACAUGUGAUACAUCUUGUGGCGAUACGCUUCAAAUUCCUGAUUCAAUGCUGAUCAAAUUGAAUGCCCGCACACCGAGGCAUGUUGUGAAGGCAUUACUGCAACGAUUCCAUGUGACACAUUUUCUCGAUCUCACGUCUUGGAAAGUCAACGCAAACGCAGUCGGAUUGGGCCACAACAUCGCUCAUGCCUUACCUUUAGAGUACAAAUGCAUUAUGUUAUCCGACCUUACUCGGCAUCAAUCGGUGGUAACUGCAUUGUCGCAUGAUCGGGAUGCAUUGCUAUCUCGACUAGAAGAUGCCGUCUCUAAUGCUAAAAUAACGUUGCGAGCGGCGACAAUAACUCCAGAGUUGAUCAUUUCGCCAGAAGAAGCAACAGCUGCAACCCAGCCAGCGAGUGUCAUCCAUUGGCCGGUAGGGGGGACAUUCCAAGUGCACCUCCAGCCAUUGGACGCGCGAGACCUCUUCUCGAGGGAAAAGACAUACCUACUCGUCGGCCUAAGUGGCCAGAUUGGUCAGUCGCUUGGCGAGUGGAUGUUAUCCCAAGGAGCAGGAUGCAUCUGUCUGGCAAGUCGCAGCCCUCGAGUAGAUGAGAUUUGGUUGCAGUCUUUCCAAGGAAGACUCAAAGUUUUUACUACGGACAUCACGAGCAUCGACAGCCUCAACGACGUCAUCGCGCAGAUCAGGGCUACCUGUCCUCCAAUUGCGGGCGUAGCGAACGGAGCAAUGGUACUUCAAGACGGUCUGUUCUCAGGCAUGUCUACUGAAGCGAUGAAUAGGAGUCUCGAUCCAAAAAUUAUUGGUUCAAACAACCUUGACCAAGUUUUUCAUGAUGAACCUCUCGACUUUUUUAUCUUGUUCUCAUCUCUAGUUUGUGUAGUUGGGAACCCGGGCCAGACCAAUUAUGCGGCAGCAAAUGGCUACCUCAAUGGGCUUGCUAGGAAAAGACGGAAACGUGGCCUAGCUGCAACUGCGCUUGAUAUCGGACGGGUCGCCGGUAUUGGAGUCGUCGAAACUGCAGGGAAGGCCGUUACAGACCAACUCACUAGGCUUGGUUUUCUGCCAAUAUCUGAAAGUGAUUUCCAUCAGAUGUUUGCCGAGGCUAUCCUAGCCGGUUAUCCCAACCCUAGCAAAGACCAAGAUGAUAUUCCAGAGGCGGUCGUAACGACGGGCCUCCAAACUAUCUACCAGGAUAAGAUAGACCAAAAUAGUCAACUACCAUGGCUUGAGAACCCUUUUCUUUCGCAUUGCAUCGUCCAGACCGGUUCUCCUGAGACUAGGAAUCAAAACAAAGAGCUGACCCUUGCGAUCGAGGUGCAGCUCUCGAAUGCGACGUCUGAGGAGGAGGCGUUAAGUAUUAUAAAAGAUCAUUUAUCAGAAAAGAUGCGGAUCAUGUUACAGAUAUCUCCCGAUCAGCCAAUUAAUCAUGAUGGCUCCAUCCUUGAACUCGGUAUUGACUCGUUCGUUGGCGUCGAAGUACGAUCCUGGUUUCUUAAGCACUUGAAAGUCGAUAUUCCGGUUCUCGCGAUAGUUGGCGGAGCUUCGAUAACAGAAUUAUCUCAACAGGCGCUAGACAAGUUAUCCAAGGAACGCAAUGCAACUACAGACUCUACCAAAGCAUCCCACCUUAUGCCUCAGCCGCAAGUUGGGGAUGAGGAUAAGUAUCACAUUCAAAAUGUGGAAAGAGCCCGAACCCCAUCAUACGAUACUAGCUCAGCAACAUCCGCUUCAUACAUUGAUGAUACUCCGGUGCGCUCCCCUAUCUCUGACGCGGAGUCCGACCCCCCAACAGAACCAAGUCCGAUAUCGAAGCCACGGCGAUUUUUACGUAACGAGCAGCUCUCAUUCGGGCAGUCAAGAUUUUGGUUCCUUCGACUACUCCUUGAUGACCCGACAACUUUCAAUAUUACUGUGUCUUACCAGGUCACCGGCAAUCUGCGCAUCGACGACCUCGAGAAAGCGUUUCGCAUCGUUAUAGCAAGACACGAAGCACUACGCACAUGCUUCGUCCCUCAUGAGACAGAACCAGACGAAGGUUGCCAAAAAGUUCUGCCGAUAGGUUAUUCCCCUCUUCGACUUGAGCACAGGAAGAUCGAAUCUCCUGACGAAGUUGUCACUGAAUACACCAAUCUGAAAGCCCAUGUUUUUGACUUAGAAAAUGGUGAUACAAUACGGAUAGUCGUCUUAACACUGUGGCCGUCAUCACACUACCUCCUAGUGAGCUACCCACAUAUAUUGAUGGAUGGUGUUAGCCUCCAAGUUCUUCUCUCGGACCUAGAAAAGGGGUAUAAUGGCCAAGGCAUUGGUCCGCCUCCUUGGCAGUAUCCCGAUUUCUCAGCGAAACAGCGGCAAGCUUUUGCGAGAGGAGAAUUUGAUCACGAGCUGAUGUAUUGGCGGAGCGUUUUCCCAGUUGAUAAGCAGCCACUGGUUCUGCCAUUACUGUCUAUGGCGCGGAUCAAUUCAAGAUUACCCAUGAAGAAAUUUGAUGUCAACCAGAUGACUGUCCGGCUUGAAGCAGAGCUCCAAGGACGUGUCAAGUCCGUGACGAAGGCGCAAAGAUGCACACCGUUCCACCUUUACUUAGCCGCAUUCAAGAUGAUGCUCUUCGGUCUUGCCGACUUCGUAGAUGCUGACGCCCAAGUCGAUGAGAUAGUAAUUGGCAUUGCCGAUGCUAACCGCCAUGAUAGCGACGUUAUGGGAAGCAUUGGAUUUUUCUUAAACCUGCUUGCGUUAACGUUCCAACGACUGCCAAAUCAAAACUUUGCCGACACUAUAACAGAAGCCCGAAACACGACUUACUCAGCUCUAAAGAACUCGCGGCUGCCGUUUGACGUGCUACUCAACGAGCUUAACGUGGCUCGCUCCUCGUCACAUAGCCCCCUCUUUCAAGCCUUUUUCGACUUCCGACAGGGCGCCCAGGAGAAGCACCCAUUCGGCAACUGUCAAUUCGAGGUCAAGGACUGGCAUCCGGGGCGUACCGCGUAUGACAUUACGCUCGAUGUAACAGAUGGUAUAGAUGGUGCGGAUUCACUGAUAACAAUCCGAACUCAGAGCGGUCUCUACGAUGAGACGGCAACAAAUCUGCUACUGGAGACAUACGUUCACCUCCUUGAUACUCUCACAAGAGAUAUCUCAUUAACGUUAGAAACAAUGCCGCUCUUCGGUAAGGCCCAGAUUUCCCGCGCUAUCGAAGUUGGCCACGGCCCAACCCUGAAGAGUGACUGGCCUGAAACCAUUCCCCAUAGAAUCGAAGAUGUCGCCCGUGAGAAUAAGGAUAAUGUCGCCAUUAUGGACGACCUGGGUAAUAAACUCACGUAUUCGGACUUGAUCGGGCGAAUUGAAGCUAUCGCUGAGGCAGUGAAAGAUUCAGGAGCGGGUCCCGGUUCUCGCGUACUCGUUUUCCAACAAGCAGCCUCAGAUUGGGUUUGUUCUAUGUUAGCCAUCCUGUGGAUUGGCGCAACGUACGUGCCGUUGGACCUACGCAACCCUAUCUCACGAUUGGCCACCGUAGCUGCCAGCUGCGAGCCUUCCGCUAUCAUCGUCGAUUCUACCACACUCGAUGACGUACCAAAAUUAGGAGUUCCCGGUGCCUCGAUCAUCGACUUAUCCCAUCUAAGUAGCCGUGCAUCGAAACAUGUGAAAAUAUCUGCGUCCGCGGAAUCCAUCGCGGCAAUCCUUUACACAAGCGGGUCUACCGGUACGCCCAAGGGGAUUAUGGUUACACACUCAGGCCUUCGGAAUGAGAUCGAGGGUUACACUAAGAAGUGGGGGCUGGGCUCAGAACGUGUCUUGCAACAAAGUUCCUUUACAUUCAACCACUCAUCCGAUCAGAUAUACACGGGCCUCGUAAAUGGCGGCAUGGUAUAUGUAGUUUCAUGGAGUAAGCGUGGCGAUCCUAUUGAGAUCUGUCGCCUCAUUAACCAGCAUUCCAUCACUUAUACUAAAGCCACCCCGUCUGAAUAUGCUCUGUGGCUGGAAUACGGUAGCGAGAGCCUCAAACAGUCUUCACAAUGGCGAUUCGCUUUCGCAGGUGGCGAGCCGCUGUCGAAGACCAUAGCAUACGGUUUUUCCGAUCUCGGUCUUUCCCAAUUACGUUUAUUCAACUCGUAUGGCCCAACUGAAAUCAGCAUCUCGUCAACCAAAAUGGAAGUUGAUUACCGCCUUGUUGAAGAUGAUCUCAAUUCAUCGAAGGCUGGAGAUAAUAUCCCCUGCGGAUAUGCGCUACCAAAUUAUUCCAAAUAUAUCGUUGAUAAACAAUUAAACCCAUUGCCGGUUGGCAUGCCCGGAGAACUGUGCAUCGGUGGGGCCGGAGUAUCCCUCGGCUACUUCAAUGAUCCAGAACUCACUGAGCAACGCUUCGUCACGGACACUUUCGCUUCGUCCGAAUACUUAACCAACGGCUGGAAUCGCAUGUAUAGGACGGGAGACAUCGUACAUAUACAAGACGACGGUGCUAUGGUGUUUCACAACCGCAUAGAAGGGAGUACACAGAUCAAGAUCCGAGGACUGCGAAUUGAGCUAAGUGACAUUGAGAACAACAUAAUCGCCGCCGCGGGUGGUGCACUUCGAGAAGCUAUCGUGACUCUGCAGGGCGAAGGCGAACACCAAUUCCUUGUCGCGUACGUCGUAUUUUCGACCUCGUUUCUACAGCAGAACUCCGGUGAUCCCAGUGCCACAGUGAAAGAAUCGUUCCUAGAGCAUCUCCUCAGCCAACUUUCUGUUCCGCAGUAUAUGAUACCUGCCGUGGCAAUACCACUUGACCGGGUUCCACUUACCAAACACUCGAAAGUAGACCGAAAAGCAUUAACAGAUAUGCCACUGCCGAACCAAACCAAACCAAUUAUAUCGCAAGAAGCACGGGAAAAUCUAGAGGAACAUCCCGAGCAUCUAGUCGAAAUUAUAGAACGGACGAAAUCGAUAUGGCAUGAAAUCCUUGGGGGUCAAAGCGCACGCGGAAUUGAUCGCGUUUUGACACCCUCGAGCGAUUUCUUCCUCGUGGGCGGAAAUUCUCUGUUGGCCAUCCGGCUGCAAUCGCGAAUAAACAGAGCUUUCCAUGUCGCUAUCCGUCUUGUUGACCUGUUGGGUUCUAGUACACUCGGGAAAAUGGCACGCCAGAUACAGAAAUCUUCCGGUGUCGGCGUAAUUGACUGGGAGAAGGAGACGUUGCCACCACCCAUUCCCCAGUUUCUUAAUCGUGCGAAUGUUGUCCCCCACGAAAAUGGAUAUGGGGAGAAAAUAAAGCCCAUCACUGUUGCGAUCACAGGUGCAACGGGCUUUUUAGGGAAAUACCUUCUUCCCCAGCUUGUGGAUAACCCAGAGAUCGGACGAAUUCAUUGCAUCGCUGUACGCGAUAAGCCGUUGGGACCAAAACCUCGAGAACUUAACCCUUCCGAAAAGGUAGUAUAUCACAAUGGCGACCUCUCGGAGCCGCUUCUUGGGCUUACAAAGGACGAGUUCAUUUCUUUGUCGCGCGAAGUGGACGUGAUCCUACAUAUGGGAGCCGCAAAGUCCUUCUGGGACAGCUACUACGUACUCCACCCCAGUAAUGUUCACCCAACACGGGAGCUUGUCAAGUUGGCAGGGCCGAGGAAAAUACCUAUUCAUUAUAUCUCAACCAUGGGCACGCUACCUCGCGAUACGACUGAAGCCAAAAUCCGGGAACCCCCUGCGGAUGGCUCUGAUGGGUACGUCGCCACUCGGUGGGUAAGUGAGCGCAUCCUAGAACGUUCAGCGACAACUUUAGGAGUGCCGUCGUACGUCUAUCGUUUCCUACCAUCUACUCAAACAACCGGCCAUGCACUGCUGGAUGAGUUCGUUCGCUUCGUUGAUGUCUCCGGCAAAGUACCUGAUAUGGACGAUUGGGAGGGUCGCAUUGACCUCAUCCCAGCUGAGCAAGCCACACAAUGGCUGGGUGAGUCUGUUCUUAGCUCCACCGUGCAAACCGAGGGUACUACGCUUGACAGUACCCACCCUAUCGGUGACCCCAAAACACAGUAUCGGUCUUGGGAGUGCCCUAUAGCAGUAGAUGUAGCCGAACUCCGGGCACAUAUAAAAAAUCAGAGAGGGAAUACGCAAGGCGGCGAGCGAAUUCCUGGGUUACGGUGGCUUGGUCUAAUUAAAGAACUCGGAUUUGGGUAUCUCCUUGCCUCGCAGGUAGUUAUAGUUGUGGAUAGGGACAGUGGCAACAGGUUCAAGUCACUAAGGUAA